AUGAAAGGAGUCACCAAUAUUGCCUUGAGCGUGGAUGGAUUUAUUGCCGACAAGGACGGUAGCAUGGAGUGGUUGAAUAAUCAGCCACAGAUUCCUGGUGAAGACUUUGGUUUCAAGGAAUUCUUGAAAGGUGUCGACUGCAUGAUUAUGGGUCACAAAACCUUUGAUACCGUUGCGGGAUUCGGGGAGAAAUUGUGGGCGUAUGGAGACAAGCCAAUCUAUGUGUUGACCAGAGGUGCCGUUUCCAACGUCAUCGUUCCCGAUUGGGUCCCUCGGACCGUCACAGUCACUACUGUGAAAUCCUUGCAAAAGUUUUGGCUGGAUUUGGAAAGCAGUCAUCCUAAAUUCAAGACUGUAUACGUGGAUGGUGGUCGAACCAUUCAAUCCUUGUUGCGAGGUGGAUUCAUUGAUCGAAUGACUCUUACCCGAGUCCCCAUUCUAUUGGGUGAGGGCAUUCCCUUGUUCACUGCGUCUCUGGGUCAUAAUGUCAACCUCAAGCUCUUGGAUACAAAGCCCUUUCCGAAUGGCUUUAUCAUUACUACUUAUCAGGUAAUCAAUGAAAUUUAA